AGCAACACGUGAAGGGCGCACAGUUCUCAAGGAGAAAACCGCAAAGGAAAGAGGUCGUGGAUCCGGGAUCCUCCGGUAAAAUCCCUCAAACCAGCGCGAGGGAAGGACGGAGAAUAAAUGAAUGACCAACCGUGUGUGUGAUUUUAUGUCAGUGCCGUUACCAUCCGGUCUGCACUGAUCCCGGUUUUGAACUCACGUCAGAUCCUUCAAUCUGAGGAGCAGCGAGUGUUCAACCUGCUAUCUGGAUCUGAAUCCAGACAGAAACGGGACUUCUUCUCUCUGAUGGGACUGAGGUGAAAGCGACCUGAAAGCAACUCUGAAUGAGCGUCACAUCACUGGAAAACCAUUUGAAUUGUCAUGGGUGCUCUCACAAAAGAAUUCCCCACAGGACAUGUACGAGUGCACCUUCAAACAUGUUACUGCUUGGCUUGCAUAAUGUCUGAUUCGAGCAACGCCAUGUUGCCAUAGGACGGCACCAUUGGUUUGGCAGGGUGCUAAUGCUUUUAAGCCUUCCUGUGGACUUGUGGACUCUGGUCAGAGCCCAUUUUUACCAGUAUGAAGGAUUAUCCUGAAAGCAGCUGAAUCGGCAUGUUCAGUAAAGAGCUCAGGGCCACGUCUGUCUGGCUCAGUGGAAACUCCAGACAGAUCACUGUACUGAGAGGAGACUGAGAAGAGGAAGCCGGGCACUUUGGGAUCUGAGCCAAUGACCUGUAGGAGGAGAGAAGCAGCGUAGAAGCUUGAUUAAAAUGGGGCUGCAGAUCUUCGUACCUGCUGACCGUGUGUCUGAGGGCCGCUCACUCAGCCCACAGCCAUGCCAGACGUAAAGCCUCCACCACUAUGUGACUAUCCCUCGACCUCCUCCGCGGGCUCUCCUGCUGGCUGUGCCUCUCCCCUCGACCUCAUCAUAGACAUGGAGCCCUGCAUCGCCAACCUCCCCCUGUCCCCCGACCCCUUGUCCUCCUUCCCCCGACACAGACCCAGCGUCCCUCACUACUCAGGCCUCCAGGGGCCUCCCUACCCACUCAUGGCCAGGUGUAACAGCAGCACCCUGCUCACUAACUUGGGGCUUAGGUACUGCUCCAGCAGGCAUGGGCCUCUGGGGUUGGCGCCGGGUCAGGGGCUGGCCCCGGACUCCUGCAUCAACACAGGAAGCAGCGGCAGCAGGCCUUACAGGAGUAUGGAGAACCUGAACUGGAACACUGUGGCAGAUUCUGGCCUGUGCGCAUUCAGUGCUGCCCCCUACAGGAGCGUGGACAGUGAGUUUAUUUUACGCUACACCUCCACUAGCCACUGGUGUGGCGGGCCUCCAGAUGGAUCUGUGGUUGGGGCCCAUGGACUGGUACCCAACCCUGAGAGCCUGGCGUUUUACCCUCGACAUGGGUUGCCCAGGAAGGACCUACCGCUCUUCCCUCAGUUGCUAUUUCCAGGUGGUGUCGACGAAUGGGAUGCAAGGAGGGGCCUGAGGGAGAAACUCCGCCUCCAAAGUGCGAGGUCAUCAGUUGAGCCUCUGAAGUCCCUCCCAUUGCGGCCUCAGGUGACCCUGGGUGCUGCACCCAUCGAACGGGAGGGUGUGCAUCAUGUGAAUUCAACAGGUGCUGGGUCCAGGCCACUGUGCACAAUGCGCAUCACCAGCCCAGAGGAGAUCAAACAGGAGGCCCUGAGGCGCUUACAGCUCCGGCGGCAGAACAGCAGCCCAAACCUGGCUCUCCACAGCUCCCCAUCCAGCCCAAAAGUGGUUAAGACAUCCUACACAACAGACAACAUUGCAGGUAACAGGAGUAGAUCAGAUUCUGCAUUCGAGCGCUGCAGAGCUCCUGUGGGACGCCUACAUAUCCCUACGUUUGAGGAGUUUAAGAGGAUGAGGCAGAAGGAGGGAGAACAGAGUAAAGACUCCACAGCGGGUUCAGUGGUAUCUGGAAAACCUGAGGCUGACUUUCCACAAGAAGACAGUAAGAUACCUCCUUCUAAUCGGACUGUCCCUCAGUCGAGCUCUAGUGGAGGAAACAGACAGCAAGAAGACUCAGAUGAGGUGGAGGGAGAAAUGAGCAGAGGUGAAAGGACAGGCAACAGUGGUGAAGCCCUGCAGACUGCCACCUCCUCAGAGAAACCUUCCUCUAACAUUGUGAGCAAUAACAGCACUGCAGCUCACGCCUCCUCCUCCACCUCUUUUGCCAGCACAUACUCUCCCAUUCGCACAGGCCCAUCUCCACGUUCACCCCUGCAGCCCCUAGCCAGCUCAGCCCAGGAGAAAGCUCCCGCUGCAGGGGGAGAUGAGAGGAGUAGCAGGCGUAGGAGGAGCAGUCUGGAACCAGCUGGGUCAGUUCCCUUCCCGCCCAGCAGGGAGAACUGGGAACGGCCCUCCAGCUGCUGCCCAGCGAUCCUUCUGGAGGGGACAGACCUGUCCAGCUACGGAGCCAAGAUCUAUAAGAUGAAGGAUGGCCUCAUCGGCUCCGCACUGGACCUCAUCAAGAAGAGCUGCAGUGCAGAGAUCUCUGCCGAGGCCCCCGUUAGGCUGUCAGGUGACCGGGACGGAGGCUGUGACAUCACCCCCCCCUCGACCGACUGUCAGCCCUCCACCGUUGCCAUGGCAACGUCGGCAACGGCCUGCGGAGCCGAGGCUGGCGACGAGACGCCUGCAGGAGGAGGAGGAAGAGAGGAAGCAGGAGAAUGCCACACCGGUCUGGGCUGCAGGCGCUCCAGCUCGGAUGCAGCCUAUGAGCUGGCUGAGACGGUGAGGGCGCAGCGCGAGUGCCGUCUCCGGCCCCACUACAGCGACCCCAUGCCAGCCGACGCCUCUAAGCGCAAACAGCUGGAGAUGAAGAUUGCUGCUGCCGCCAGACUCCACGGCCAUCGCCGAGACCGCGACAGAGACCGAGACAGUGCUCCAGCAGCAAUUCGUGGUCGCUCAGAGCCCCCUGGUGAGGAGCGCCAGGCGGGUCUGGGUGUGACUCGGUCCGGGCAGCAUCGCUGGAGCACCAUCAGCAGCCUGAGCGCAGACAGUGGAGUGGUGGGCCUCAGUGAUGAGCGGGAGGAGGAGGACAGCGAGCCUCACCGUUACCGCAGAAGCCGGGUAGCCGAAGUGGAACGAGUGGACAGCGGCAUUGGCCCAGGUCUAUCCCGCACCUGGAAGAGACCAUCUGCCUCCCUCAGAGCAUGGGAGGCCCAGAGACCCUGUCCAGAUUGUGGACUGAGGGACGGGGCCUCCAAAGAGCGAGGAGAGCGCAUGUGUGAACGUUGCUCUAAGCUGCGCACCGAGCGCAAGGAAGCCAUCCUGGAGUUUCUGAACACAGAGUCAAGCUACGGCGAAGACCUGCGGAUCAUCAAGGAGGAGUUUUACUGCCCCAUGCAGAGUGCUGGGCUGCUGACAGCUGAGCAGCUCGCUGUGGUGUUUGGUAAUGUUCAGGAGCUGAUAGAUGUCAACGACCGCUUCACUGAACACCUGCAGGACAGCAUCGACCAGGCCUUUGACCAGGGAGAUGAAGAUCUGCUGACAGUGUACAUAGGAGAGAUCUUUCUGGAGUUCGUCAACAUGCUGCCUGCCUUCCAGACCUACUGCCUGCAGCAGUCCACCUCAGUCAACAUGCUCAACACACUAGAGAAGGAGAAAGAACUGCUCAGAAUCUUCCUGGAUGUUUCCCAGAAUGACAACACAGCACUGCGUCGUAUGAAUUUGCGCUCCUUCCUCAUGGCGCCCCUCCAGCGUGUGACUAAAUACCCACUUCUAUUGAGCCGCAUUAUUAAGGUCACUCCCGAAUGUCACCCCGACUAUGCACGUCUCCGUGAGGCCAAGAGUCGGGUGGAAUCCCAUCUGGAGCACAUCAACAUGAAGACCAAGCAGGAGGGCAACGGCGUCACCUGGUCCCUCCGCUCAUUCCGCCGCGACAGCCGCAAAAACCGGGAGGUCAUCAACAUCGAGAUGCGAGAGGUGUCGAUGAAGACGGUGGGCUGGGCGAGAGAAAACACACGAUUCGUCAUGGAGGGACCCCUCCAGUUGUCCCAGCCAGCAGAUGGUCAGUGGAUGAAAAAGGGCAGCAAGGCCCUCAAGUUCCAAAAUGUCCAGAGUCUGCUGAUGGUGAGCACACAGCGGGCCGGUGAAGCCCCAGGACAGGGCACCGACCUGGGGGCAGGGGGGGAUCAGGGGGAGGGUGGUGGAGAGAGCAUUCAAGACGGAGUGCUGGUUCUAAUCAAGGACAAGAGCAGUGGGAAGUUCACAGUGCUGAGAGAGCCCAUCCGUCUGGGAAACUGUGUGGUGUCGACAGAUCCAGACUGUGAGGACACAUUCGAAGUGCUCGAUAUUCGGCGGGAGUCUUUCGUUUUCCGUGCCUCGGACAAAUCUCGCACCCAGCAGUGGUUCCAUCAGAUUAAGAGAUAUGCUCGAGACUUGGGCACCUGGAGGAAAAGACGCAAUGCUUUGCCCAACAUCAUGAUCAACACUAACCAGACCCGCUCCUGAGACUUACUGUCCCCCGCCUUUGUUACACUGUAAAUAACCUGAAUCCUUCUACUGCAAAAGUAAACUGACAACAUGAAACAUUUCUGAGUGAUGCCACUGUUAUAACUUGUUAGAUUUCAGUAAAAAAAUCUUUCUUAAAGUCUUGUAAGGGUAAUCGAAAGAUCUAGCACCUUUUUCUUACAAAGCUAUAAGUGCGCCAUACUGUCAUAAAAUCAUGUAUGAAGAUUUAAGUUGUUAACAAAAAAAAAAAUCGGAUUCUCGGACAACCAAAAAACUUGGGCUGUGCUCGUCAGCCUUGAUUGUAAAGACUGUUUGCUCUUGCAGAAAGAGCUGAGUUUUCAGUAAAUAAGGUGUGUUUGUUGAAAAGCAUGACUGAACAUGACUGACUGCGAAAAGAAAAAUUGUAAUGUAAUUUUUUAUACAAGACAGUGGUUGGGGGGGACAUUUGUUUUUAGCAUAAAGAGGUGGAGAUGUGGUCAAGAGCUUUGUUCAGUGGUUUCUGUUUGUUGUCACUGCCCUCUCCUGUCUGUGUGCCGCCCUCUACUGUAUGUUGGCGGUAGAGCAACGUUCACUGCCAGAGAUGCAGUUGAGCAGAGCCUCUCUAACAGGCUGAACAGACCUCCUGUAUCACUGUGUUUAAAUGAGAAGUCACAAAACAGCAAUAAUCUCUGCCAGUUUCAAAAUAAGUAGCUACUGUAUAUGCAUUUAAUUUCCUUUGACGUUCAGGUGUUUAUUCUGCUACAUUGCGCGCUGUGUUACAGAGUUUCAUGUGGCAGACUCAACUCAAGUCUCAAAUCAUGUUUGGCAUCAAUAAAGCUUCCCUUCAUCAUCCUAACACUAAGGUAGUUUCUGUUCCAGUCAGUCAUAGGAGUUAAGGCAAUAUUUGUGCCAUGAAAGCAGUUUGUAAAGCGUCUAGUCAAUCUCCUUUGUGUUAACAUCAUAUAGGUAAAAUAGGUCAAAUAGGUAAAGUCAAACACUACUUUGCAGCACUGUGUGUUAAGUGCAGAGUUUUUCAACCUUGGAUUCGAGACCUCGUGGGGUGACACAGACCAGGCCAUGGGACAGAUAUGUGAUAUUUGUUUAAUCUAUUUGUGGGGCUGUAAGAAAUAGUUAUUUGCAUUAUCAAUUAAUCUGAUUAAUCGUUUGGUCUACAAAAUUAAAAUAGUGAAAAAUGGCCAUCUCAAAUUCCCAUACCCUAAUGAGAGUCUUCUAAUUUUUUGUUUUUUGUUCGACCAACAGUCCAAAACCCAAAGUUUAUUUAAUUUAAAAAAAGAGAAAAGCAAAAUUUGAGAAACUGACUUACUAUCAAAAUCGGUGACUUUGUGUCAAUCAACUAACUUUUAUUUACUUACCAUUUCAGCGCCGUACAUUUGUAAUAAAGAACUCAAAUAGGUUUGAAAUAUGUCAUUAUUUCUUUAUAAUUCCCACCCUCUUCCCAUCACCGUGAAAGUAGAAAGCAAAAAUAUGCUAUCUAUAUAUUGCCAUGAGAACAUGAAAUCUCUCUGGCUGCUGAGGUCAUGACAAUUUUGGCGUAAAGGUUGAAAAACCCUGGUUAUUUGACAAACUCGCCUCAAAAAAACAUCCCAACCAUCUCAUCAUGACACGGUUUUAACUGUGUUAUGUGACCUAGCGAUGAGCUGUUGUGCCUUGGUACUUGAUAACUGUUACACUAAAAUGUACUGAAAUAUUUGCAACCUGUCACAGUAGCAUUUAUCUCUGAGAUAUGGACUAGACCGCCCUCUGUCGGCACUUGAAUGAGAUCAAUUUACAGGCAAUAUAAUUAUUCCUCUGACAGUCCCUGGCUGCUGAUAAUAUGUGAUCACCUGAUCCUCUCUCUUAUUUUAGUGAGUUUUUAUUUAUGAAAGCUUUAUUAUGUUUAAUGCACUUUAUUAUGAUUCAGUAAUGGGACGCUCUCCAGUAUAACAUAUGUUACACAGUCUUGUUUAUUCACAAUUCUUCAUAUUAGAAGGAACCUAGUUGACCGAAGCUGAUUUCAGCAUGUCGAGACAAUACAGUCAUUAAACCAAAACCACUAUUUAAGACUGAUGCUGUUUUAUGUUUGUUAUGAAGUAGCACUAGAAGAGGUAGCAAAUCACUGUGUUUUGGAGGGCAGGGCUGCUCAAAUCCACACCAAUACUCCUGUGCUGUCGGAGGAAGUUGUUUCAGAUUAACCCUUUCAAAAUGUAAAAAAAAAACAAAGCCUGCUGAAUUGCAUAGUUUCUUUUGUUUUCCUCAUUUGCAUUUGAAAGACCUAAUGUAUUAUUUCCCCAAUGUAAUAUAUUGUGAAUUAUAUUAAAAGAUUUUAAACACAA